GAGGAAAUGAAGAGGCUCUCAAGGGAGGGGCAAGGGAAAGAGGCCAGGGUAGGGUGGAGGAGAGCAGUGAGAGCAGCUGCCUCUUCAACAUGGAAGGCUCCUCCCGCUGCUGCUGUUCGCCCAGGAGACAGGUGCCCAUGGAGGAAUGAAAGGCAGGGAAGAGAAGGAAGGUGCCAGUUCCCUGGGGUUCUGUGUCUGCCAGCUACUGUUAAGUGCCUCUAAGAAACUCUGCUUUCAGCUAACGGGGACCACCUAUCCUGGGAACCUCAGUACAUGGGACCAGAACCCCCUGGGUGGACUCUUUGGCAAGAUGAAUUGGACCAAUGAGACCACCACCACCAUGAAGCCAGGGGUUGACCCUAAAGGACUCAGUGGCUUAGGACCAACAGCCACCGUUCUUUCUGGCUCCAUCGGUGUCAUAGCCCUCAUCUUGCUCCUGAUGGGGCUCAUGUCCAUGCCACUGAAGAAAUGGAGGCACGAGAGACUAUUUAAGAAACAACUGAAGCAUCAGAUGAACUAUCUCCACAAAUCCUCGGAGUUUUCCUGCCAUGCUGAUGCCAUAUACUCCAACGUGAUCAACCUGGCCCCCAGGAAGGAGGAGGACUUCGCUGUCUAUGCCAACGUGCCCCCUUUCAAUCGCCCCAGAAGGACAUCCCCAGACCAAGUGGAAUAUGCCUCCAUUGUGUUCCACUGAUGGGAAGCCAGUGAGAUGCUUCAGGGUGGAGAGUCAGACCUGUGCCCUAGCUGGCUCACAAUGCAGCUUUUGCUUUAGGUGUGUGUGUGUGUGUGUGUGUGUGUGUGUGUGUGUGUGUGUGUGUGUGUGUGUGUGUCUUUGAAAUGCAUUAAACUUAUUCUGAUGGAGACAAGUGGCUAAGUAUUUCUUCUUAUUUAUUGGAAGCAAAGUGCAGCUCUAAUGGAAAGGAGUGACGCUUGUAAGAUAAGGGACACAAUCCUUCUGACCCCCUUGAGCCCCAGAAACGCUUUCCCGAGAGAGACUGGCCAAUAGCAGAGAAUCCCUUCUUAGCCUCUGCCCCUCCUGAGGAUAGGGCUGAGCAGUGGAGCUCACACCAUUCAGGGACCAGCUUCUGGAUUUUUUUUCUUUCUUGUUCUUCCCAGUUAGAAAUGGAAUUAACCUGGUGCAGGUUAAUUCACAAGUCAAGCUCAUACCUGUGGAGACAGGAAACGCUAACUACUGUGCAUGUCUUUGCAACAGCUUUGCAGGACAACACACCAAGUGUCGGGGGAGAAGGAGGCGUGGAGGAGCUGCAGCUACUUGUGAAGUGCUUCUUCCUGGGGGCGUGAAACUUGGCGGAGCUCCCGCAGAGAGUAGAGGGGAAGCAGCGCCUGGUGGAAGUGGAUACAUGUCACCACUGACCAGGGUCUGCUCCGUGUGAAUUGGAAGAGGUCUGGAACUUUGCAAAUGACUCACUCCCCCUUUCCUCCAUUUGAAAACCUUCAUUAAACACCACCAUCUUCUAGACCCUGGGAAUGCAGCAGCGAACACAACAGACAAAACCUUGUUCUCAUGGGGCUUACCUUCUAGGAGGGGGAGACGGGCAAUGAACAAAUAAACAAGCAAAUACACAGAC